CGGACCUUGUGUUUGUGCUGCUGGUAGUCCUGUGAAUGCUGAAGGGUAUUGUGAAUGCUGAUUAUCUUAAGGGCAAAUAGCCUGGUUAAUUAUUUUAUUAACCAGAGAAAGCCUUGUUGAUUUGAAUUACUGAUGCUUCCUCAUUUUAAUGAGCUUUGUGUGACCUUGGAGACUCCCAAACAUCUGUUGUAAACACAAAAGGAUUUCAGAUCCUGUGCCAGGCUCGAUUUUAAACUUGAUUCAAGAUGAGCUUUAGCUUUAGUUCGUUUGUUGCAAUUGGAGUGAGCUUCUUCGGGAUAUUCCUUUUCUCACUUGUGCUCUGCUUAUGCUGCCCUUGCUGCCUUCUCUACAAACUAGCACGAAGAGGACGCCAGCCUGUUGUUACAAGUUCAACUACGACCACAGUGGUACAGUCUGCAUAUCCACAGCAUCAACAAAUACCAACUCAAGGAUUUGUUCCGUACCAAGGCUACACCCCUAUGCCAGUGCAGCCAGGACCAGCUACAAGUGUUCCCUAUCCUGCAAGUAGUCCCUAUCCACCACCAUAUCCAACUCCAUAUUCCGGGCAACCUCCUUCAUAUCAAGAUACUGUGGCAACUGGUGCAGGCGCACCUUAUCCCGUCGUACAGCCGCCCUACAAUCCAACUGCACAGCCGCCCUACAAUCCAGCUGCACAGCCACCGUACAAUCCAGCUGCUCAACCUCCCUACAAUCCAGCUGCACAGCCGCCCUACAAUCCAGCCUAUGGACCUCCAGAGAAGCCACAUUAAUAAACACAUGACCCACUCAAUUAUCAAGUGCAUUUACUGAUUUAUUUUAGCCUGUUACUAUUUUGUACGAGUUUAAUGCUGGAGAUGAAUUACCUUAUAAACAUUUCAAAUGUUCAGCAUUAACUGAAGUUACUUAAGUCUAAGAGGUUAUUUCUCACCCCCAUCCCCACUACCAACCUUGCCACUCCCCCAUUUUUUAAGUCCUUUAUUAAGAAGAUGUGAAGUCAUUUUUAAGUGCAAAUCUUAUCUUUUGAUUAUCUUGUAUUUAGAAAAGUUUCUUUACUUUCUCUUGCAUUUGACAAAAUAGGUCUUUUGAUAUCUGCCUAAGUUCCCCUUCUGUGAAGGCUACGUGUGACCACUUGCCAUUAACAAAAUAUUGCACAUUUGUAAGUGCCCUCUCUCCAACCAUGUUUGCAUCCAUUUUCUUAAAGGCAAAAUGAUUUUGUUCUGUUUUUGCUGUUCUUUGGUCUAGGGUGUCAUCGGUAAGCUGAAAGUUGACGUGCUGUGGGUGUGACAGCAGUUUCCGUGAACCAUUUCUUCCCAUAGUAUCAAUACCAUUUAGGGAACUCUUUUUUAUAUAAAAAAAUAACAAAAUGAAAGAAAAGCUGAAUCCAUGUGCAUUUGUCAGUUUACGUCUGGCCUCCCCAAUCUACAGGCUGACAGCACACUUUUGGUUAAUAACUGGAUUUGCCUUGGGGUUCACUGCUUUUCCCAUCUCUGGGUCUGGUUUUUCCACAGAGCAGAUUUAUUCCAAGCGUCUAUUGCAAAAUGUUGUGCUAAUGUUCUGGGGUGGCACAGUGGCGCAGCUAGUAGAGCUGCUACCUCUCAAUGCCAGCGACCUGGGUUCAAUCCUGACCUCGAGUACUGCUGAUGUGGACUCUGCAUGUUCUUCCUGUGAUUAGGUGGGUUUCCUCCAGGUGCUCCGGUUUCCUCCCACAUCCCAAAGGUUGGUGGAUUGGUAGAUCAAUUAACUACUCUAAAUUGUCCCUACUGUGUAGGUGAGUCAUACAAUCAGGGCAGUUAAUGAGAAGGUGGGGAGAAUAAAAAUGCAAUUAAUAUAGGAUUAGUGUAAAUGGGUAUUGAAGUUUGGCACAGACUUAUUGGGCCAAAGGACCUGUUUCUAUGUUGAAUCUCUCUAUGACUCUGUGAAGGCACACCUACACAUAAUCCCAUUGGCUGGAUAUUAUUAGAGUAAGAAUCUCACUGCGGUUCCGAUCUGUUGAUCAACCAGCCCCGUGUGUCACGUAGUGCCGAAUCUCUGGUCUAUUUCUUUCCACCCAAGGAGUGGGGUGGAAUUAAAAGCACGGUCACAGCUAACAUGGUGUGGCAGCAAAGAUUCAGAGGCUGGUUUCAGGGAUGGUAGGACUGAGUAAUGAGGAAAGAUUAAAUAGAUUGGGACAAUAUUCUCUAGAAUUUAGAAGAAUGAGGGGAGAUCUCAUUGAAACACAUGAAAUUGUUAAAGUACUUUGCUGUAUCUCCCUCUAUAAUUCUGACUUGACUUAGGUUAGGUGCACCAUUUCAGAAGGAGGAGUAGGCUGUUGAGGACUGAGAUGCAGAGAGAUUCCUUCUUUCAGAGGAUGGUGAACAUUUGGAAUUCUCUAUCCAAAAGGGCUGUGGAGGUUCAAUCGUUGUGUUCUUCCAAACAUAGUCAUAGAUUUCUGCAGAUGAGGGGAAUCGAGACAUAUGGGAACAGUGUUGAGAAACGGCACCAAGGUAGAUAAUCUUAAUGAAUAGCGGAACAGCUGGGAAGAGCUUCUAUUCUUGUGUUCCUCCAUUCUCAAGGGAAUUUGAUGAGGUGCCCAGGGAGACCAAAGAGAGAUGGAGGAAAUAGAAUCAUUCCAAAUAAAUGUAUUCGGCAUUAACUAUUGUCAACUUCAUGCCUUUUAUAUUCAAGACAUAAACCAGAAUGUUUGAAGUUUUUGCUGCUGUGUUUAUGUGGAGCACCACGAAGUUGAAUGGAGCUGCUUCUGUCAAGCCAAACAAUUAUAGGAAGCUGAUUAGCAGCACUGUGGGAUUGCUAGGUGAAUGCCGAAAUAAAUUGUGUGCAGUAUGUAUACAGUUGAAACUCAUGCUGUUAUCUUGUUUGCUUUUUCACUUGAUAUGAUUGUUUCCAUCCCCACCCCUAACCAAAGACUAACUAUGAGUUCAUUUUUAUCUUUGUGCUUUGUAAUUACUUAGUAGCUAUUGCCCAAGGACUUUUUGGUUCAAUUCAUUGAAUUGAGAUUUGUAUAUUAUCAAGAUAAUCGAUGCAAUUCAGGUGCAGUAUUGUUGGAAAAAAUAUUCAUUGCAUAAAAUGUUCAAAUCUAGUAUCUGUACAGUAAAAAUAAAAAGCAUGCUGUGUCAAAA